GCUUGUUUAUAACAUGGUGGUUGCAAAUUUCAACCAUGGUCAUUUAUCAACUUGUCAAUUUUGGUUUCGAUCUCUUCUUAAACUUAAGAUUUCACAUACUCUUGAAUGGAGUUUCAUGAAGGACUGUCCAUAUGAAGUGCUUGACCAUGCUAUUACACAUGCAAUUCAAGCUCGAAAUGAAGUU